GGAUCAUUUACCAGCCAAGUGAGACAAAUUUCCUUGCAAAUAAUCUUCUGAAAGGGCGCCACUCACCCAAACGUCCAGGUCCUGCAAUUUUAGCACAAUUUCGGUGUCCCAACAAGCCUGCAUAGGAGGGACUUGCGAUGUUCGAGGCAGGAGAACCACAGCAGGAAAGCACUUCCAGCCACUACCGUUUUGUCUCAGUUUCCAGAAGAGUUUCCUUUUUAUAUUUUAAUUUCCUUCAUUCUCACUGGUAAUUUGGGGUUA